CCUCCCUCUCAUCUCUCCCCUCCUCCCUCCAUCUGUCUGUGUUUGGAUUUCACAGUAAUAACCUGUUGCAUUCAGGGGCAGACUGACACAUAGGCAGACCUCUAUAGCAUCUAAACAACUGACACACUUUUUCAACACAACACACAUUCACACAGCUUUGGAGAGACAGAUGAUUUAGUCUGUGGUUUACUACUCAAUGUUAGUACACAGUGAGUUGGUUUUGAGGUUGUGUGGCUGGUUGACUGGCUGGGAUGGGACGAUGUAGUGUCUAGCAUUCUACACAGACAGAAGGAAGACAACAUAAAGAUGACGGGGCAGGUGUUGGGUGAGGGCACUGAGCUGGCGUCUCAGAGGCUGUCAGUGAAGACAUGGCUGGACGAGGAAUGUGAGAGAGCAGACAGCAACCUGAGUCGAGCCCAGUCUAUGUGUGAUGACACGUCGUCAGAACUACAACGGAUGGCUGUCAUUGACCGGAGAGGACUCACCUCCCAAAACUCCUUCAGAGGGAGAGGAGCCAUGUCCAGGUUGGUCAGCAUGGUGGUGACUUUGAGAGAGUGGGCUCAUAAGAGUUUGGUUGAGGAGCAAGAGAGACCUGAUUCGUUCCUGGAAAGGUUCCGAGGCCCCGAUCUGCAGGCUCCGCCCAGCAGGAUCAGCCAAUCACGACCGGAUGCUGAGCCCACGGACCACAACGAUCACAUACACACUAAGAGUCCAGGUAUGUUGAUAUUAUCUCCAGCUGAUGAUAUCUAUUACCACUGGCUCCUCAUCAUCUCGACUGCUGUGCUCUACAACUGGUGUCUCCUGGUGGCCAGGGCAUGUUUUGAUGAGCUUCAGACGAGUGGUGCCAUCGUGUGGCUGGUGUUGGACUACCUGUGUGACGGUCUCUACAUCUUGGACACAGCCGUCAGGCUACGCACAGGUUUCCUGGAGCAGGGUCUGUUGGUGAAGGACCUCUCUAAGCUGAGAGACAGUUAUCUGAAGACGGUUCAGUUUAAACUAGACCUGUUGUCUAUCCUGCCUACUGACCUGUUCUACCUAUCUCUGGGAAUACACACUCCUCUCCUCCGCUUCAACAGACUGCUGCGGUUCAACCGCAUGUUCGAGUUCUUCGACCGCACAGAGACCAGGACCAGUUACCCCAAUGCCUUCCGCAUCACUAACCUGGUCCUUUACAUACUGGUGAUCAUCCACUGGAAUGCCUGUAUGUACUACUCCUUCUCCAAGGCCCUGGGACUGGGGUCUGACUCCUGGGUGUAUCCCAACCAGACCACUCUGUCGCGGGGUUACAUCUACUGCCUCUACUGGUCCACCCUCACCCUCACCACCAUAGGAGAGACACCGCCACCCGUACGAGAUGAGGAGUUCCUCUUCGUGGUCUUUGACUUCCUGGUGGGCGUGUUGAUCUUCGCCAGCAUCGUGGGGAAUGUGGGAGCCAUGAUCUCCAACAUGAACGCUACGCGGGCAGAGUUCCAGAGCCGCAUCGACCAGGUAAAACACUACAUGCAGUUCAGACACGUCAGCCGUGACCUGGAGCACCGUGUCAUUCGCUGGUUUGACUACCUCUGGACCAAUCAGAAGGCGGUAGACGAACAGGAAGUUCUGAAGAGCCUGCCCAAUAAACUGAGGGCUGAGAUCGCUAUCAAUGUGCACCUGGAGACUUUGAAGAAGGUGCGUAUCUUCCAGGACUGUGAAGCAGGCCUGCUAGUAGAGUUGGUAUUGAAGCUGCGUCCCCAGGUCUUCUCUCCAGGAGACUAUAUCUGUCGUAAAGGAGACAUUGGGAAGGAGAUGUACAUUAUUAAAGAUGGCCGCCUGGCGGUGGUGGGAGAUGAUGGAGCUACUCAGCUGGCCAUGCUCACUUCAGGAAGCUGCUUCGGGGAGAUCAGCAUCCUGAACAUCCGGGGCAGUAAGAUGGGAAACAGGAGAACAGCUAACAUCCGUAGCCUUGGUUACUCUGACCUGUUCUGUCUGUCUAAGAGAGAUCUGACCGAGGCACUCAGCGACUUCCCUCAUGCUAGAACCCAGUUGGAGCAGAGGGGGCGGGACAUCCUCAGGAAGGAGGGGCUACUGGAUGAAGUGGGAGGAGAUAGCCUGGGAGUGGAGGAAAUGGAGGAGAAGGUGGAGAAGUUGGAGGCGUGUGUGGAUCGUCUCCAGACGCGGUUGGCACGUUUACAAAUGGAGUAUGCCACCGCGCAGCAACGUCUAAAGCAGCGAAUCACGGCUCUGGAACACAGCGUCGGCACCACGGUUACCGUCGGAAGCGGUUUGCUGUCCGACGCCGACGGCAACGAGAGUGGCGGUGAUGACGGAGCACGCAGUGAGAUCAACAUCAGACUGUGACAACAACGCUGUAUCGCCAUUGAGACAGCUGGAAGAGCGUUUAUCUUAUAUACUCUCUGUUUUAUUUAGUUAGAUUUAUAUUUUUGUGGCAGAUUUGUGGCAGAUUUGAUAUCUGUUGUUCUUGUUGUUUAUGUCUGUAAGCAGGGUGUCGCUGUAUUUAAUGAUGGUGUAACGCUGAAUCUACCUGUAAGCUACUGUAUGUUCAACAAUGUAAAAACAAAACUGUCUCCUGAAAAACAUGUUGAAGAAAUUAUUUCACUUUAAAUUCCUGUUAAUGACAACCCAAAUAAUAACUUCCAAUAGUUUUUUUUUUACUUGAUGGUUAUUUUGGAAAUAACAGAGCUCUCUCUACCAGGCGGUUGAGAAGUCAACAGGAAAUAACAGAGCUCUCUCUACCAGGCAGUUGAGAAGUCAACAGGAAAUAACAGAGCUCUCUCUACCAGGCAGUUGAGAAGUCAAAAGGAAAUAACAGAGCUCUCUCUACCAGGCGGUUGAGAAGUCUGAGGGUCAUACCAGCAAUGCCAUAUUAGAAUGUCAAUUUCCAUACAAUUUUACUAAUUUCAACAAUAUUUAAAAAAAAUACUUUAGAUCUGCUUCAAUGGCAACUAUAGGUCAAAUAAGGACUA